AUGGACGGAGAUGUACCUUUUGACAGCAAGGUACUCACAUACUGUGAGAGGGUGUCCAAGAGACGCAGAGUUCUCAACAAUCUCAAGCAGACCGACAUGUAUCACCUCGCCAAAGCGAAUGUGGCCAAAAUAGCUGCCAAAGAGAAUGAUGGCAACAUGAACUCGAACAAUAUGAACUCGAACAACAAGAAGUCUGGACCUGGUCUCCCCAGUCCUCCGAUGACACCACGAGAUAUUGAGGACAUGUCAAAGAGAGAUUGGGAGAAACAGUUUUUUGUCUUCAAGACCAGACUACGUGAGUAUGCCCAGUGCAUGCAGGUUCAAGAUUACAACGAGCUUCUGAAUCACUUGUCCUCGUUCGUGAACUUGGCCUUUGAGGAGGACGAGGACCAGACCUCCUGGAGUGGCAGCACUUUAGACAUCUUCGGGCUCUUGCCAGCACGGUUCGACCCGCUGGAAGCCUCGAACCCUGUUUGGGAAUGGCCACAGCUGGGUGAGGCUUCCAUGAGCCUUCAUCGGGAAAAGUCGAUGAACAGCGUUCGCGGUGCGGAGCAGUCCAAGAUACCUCUGCUGCAGUACGAUGUUGCUCCGCUGGAGGCUGUGAUGCAGGUCUUCCUGGCCACCGACAGCAACAUGCAUAAGAGGAUCUUCGGGGCAAAGCUUCUGAAGCAGUACAAGGCCGUGAAGGAGAUCCUUUUAGCUGGCGACACCAACCGUCUUGUCGCCGAAUUGACCUUCGUUCGCAUCAACGACCUGGCAGUGCCUUCAGAGCCCAUCCAUUUCCUACUGUACCUCGAGCCGCUGAUCGCUUUAAUCAUCGUUGCCAACGGUAUUUGCAUCGGGAUCCAGACGGAUCCGACCUACGAGAAUUGGGACGGCCGCUGGGUACUCGUCUGUGUCGGAGAGACCUGGGCCGGGGAGGUUAAGGCUAGGGGGAUCUUGGGGCGAGUGCGGUUCAUGAAGUCUGCUGGUGUCAAGGGGCUUCAGCUUGGAGGGCGCGGUAUGCUCCAUGUUCCGGAUGGGGAUGACGAAGAUCUGGACGACAGCCCGAAUAGAAAACGGGAACCCGAGAAAGCUUCUACCGGACCCAACAAGCUAAAGAAGCAAGAACCACAGCCAGCUAAGACUCUCGUGGAUGCAACGUCGAGUCUUGCCAACAUAACCCUCGCUGACCUGCGUGGCUUGUUGGACGAGCAGGCCGCUAAGAUCCUACAGGCCAACAACGCACAUACUGAAGGCCUGCUUCACGCUCUCGAGGCCAAGCAGGAGCUGCGGAUCGAGGGGGUCGAGAAACUGACUCGGAGUGUUCAUGACACGGUCGAAGGGCUUCAGGGUCGCAUUGAGAAGAUGGAGGCCUUGAUUCAGAAGGGGUCCGUGCCAGGGCGUGAUGAUGACCGCCGCCGCCAGACACUUGUGUUCGGAGGGUGGGACAGGGAUACGAGGAAGGGCAUCAUCCUUCGUGAAAUCACUGAGGCCAUCAACAAGCUUGGCCUUACCCAGGAUGUGGAUGAAGAGGCCUUCACCACGGGACCGAGGCGAUCGAUUGCCCUCCUGAAUAUGCCACUCCGGCUUCACGAACAAGACUCUGGCAGAAGGGCUAGGAUGCACCGUGUCCUUAUGGCUAUCAACAACGCCGAGGCAACGACUUCCGCGGGGAAACGACUCUGGUGUUCGUACUCCAAGACUAGGGCGGAGAGAGAGACCAGUGGUCACUGCUCGUGGCUUAAACGUACCAUGGCAGCUAUCUCCCAGGACCUUGCAUCAGCACUCGACUUGGAAUACGGAACGGGAUCAGUCUGGCUAGGCGAUAGUCUGGUGGCAAGUGUUGCACGGCAGCCCUGCAGCGGGGCGAAGUCACAUGAGCUCUACACGGUGCCAUCGGAGGAGACCAGCACCCGGUGGGUUGAUCUCGGUGCCCUGGCGAAGGAGUCGGGUCACUCGGUUGAGAAGCUCAGAGGGGCUUUGGAUGCAAACAGAAGGUGA